UCGCGGGUCCAUCAUAUAUGAUACUUUCUAUAGAACAGUUACCCAAACGACUUUCCCGUCGCUCAUCUUUACUCGCUCUCUCAACACUCAUACACUAGACCGGAACAUCUGAUUCUUUGUGAACGUUGGCUGUGUGGUUAUGCGUGUUUCGAGCCCUCUCUGCUCGGUGUUCCAGCACCGCGCCCGGAUGGAAAUGUGUCUUCCGGGGAAAAGCUGCUUUCAGGCAACAAGACACCGAGCACAACACGCCGCACAGCCUGGACAUCUGCAACUUUCAACAGAAGCGUGUGCCUUUAUAAGAACGCAUGCGGUUUGAGACGCAGAUCUAUGGCCAGACCUAUGCAUCCCAGAGGGGAGAAGAGCCGUGGAAAAUCUGAUAGAGGCCCGUAAGAGCACAAACCCCAUCAUUUUGCUAUUUCAUUCUGAUUUAUGUGCCGUCAUUCAUGGAUGUGCAAGCAGAGGCGGGUCCGCUGAACGUGCAGACGGUGGAUGAACCUCCGGGAGGCACCACCGUUACCGUCGCCGCCGCAGAGAUUCAGGUCCAAACGGUGCUAGGGAGCGAUGACGAGCUCGGUGAGGAUGACCUGCGGUCGGGUGCUGGAGCUCAAACAUCGGCAGCGGGUGAUCCGAUCACAGAGAUCGAGAGCGAGGAUGGUGCGCGGGCAGGGACGGACACACCGGCCGAGGACAUCGUCGGUCAGAGCGCAGGGAAACCGGAAACAGUGGGCUCCAGUUGCAGCAACGAGAGCUGCAUCCCGACUCCAGGCUGUCGGAUUUGCUUUCAAGGAGCCGAGCAGGGCGAGCUGCUGAGCCCGUGCCGCUGUGCUGGUUCUGUACGACAUGCUCAUCAGCAGUGUCUGCUCAAGUGGAUCAGUGAGAAGGGCUCCUGGAGCUGUGAACUCUGCAACUAUAGAUUCAACAUCCUGCCUAUACACAUCAAACCACCACAACAGUGGCAGACUGUCACUAUGACUCUGGUGGAGAAGGUUCAGGUCAUUGCAGUGCUGCUGGGUGGCAUCUUCCUGUUGGCCAGUGUAUCAUGGCUGCUGUGGUCAGCACUGAGCCCGGAGGCACUUUGGCAACGCAGUGACAUCCUGUUCCAGAUCUGCUAUGGCAUGUAUGCAGUCAUGGACAUUGUGUGUAUUGGUCUGAUUGUUCAUGAAGGUGGUGCUGUGUACAAUGUGCUGAUACGCUGGCGGGCUGUUAAUCUCUUCUGGGACGUCCAGAACUACGAUAAAAGCCGAGACCUGGAGAGCACGCACAGCCCGCACCGCAACCUGUGGCUGCCUCUCACACAAACACAUACAGUCUCCAACACACACUCACAAACCACCCGACUGGAGUCAUCACCUCGAUGCCCCCUCUGCCUCCUCUCCAUGUGCCUGAAUGUGACCUCUGACCUCUCCCCACAGGAGCAAGGCUCAGGCGAGGUGGUUGUUAGGGUCACGUCAGUUUGACAUCAAAUGAAACUCUUUCAGGGAUCAAUCUAACGUCCUCUGUGGGAGUGGCUAACCAGUGGGAGGAGCCUCAGUGUUGGGAGGAGCCUUACUUGAAAAGCACUUUAGAAGAUACGCAAACUGAAUUUAAUAUAGUAUUAAGUUGUAUCGUAUACUGAACAGGUGUUUCCAGCCUGAAGUUCUGGAUCAGCCUAAGUAAGACUGCAAAGCUCUCCGCACACACACAGACUAAUUCAAAAUGAUAAUGCACACAAAAUGUAUUACUGCUGUUAGACGAAUGAAUGUUUGUUUUAAACCAAUUGUUUUUAUGUUAAGUUUUUUAAUAAUUUCAGUACUGAUAAACUACAGCUUAUCACUGCUGCUGUUCAUCAUGCUUCACCUGCCAUAUUGUACAGGUACCACAGUUACAGGCUUUUUUACAUUAAGCCGCACUCCCACUUUCUCCGACAUAUGUGUACGAUCUUAACAUUUUGCCCCCUAGUGGCGGCUGCAUGAAACUUUCAAAUUGGUUGUGAAGCAGCCAUUCACCAUGGUAAAAAUAAAUAAUUAAUGUAUAUCCAAACAAAACAAAUGAGCGCCAAUAACAACAAAGGUGCUGUAAACAUUAAUUUCACAAGUAAUAUAGAAAAUUAGCAAAAUGGUAGCAAAAGUCGAACAAAUGUUCAAAAAAUGCUAAAAAAUAAAUACCAACAAAUGACUUUUAGAUUUAUGCAUCUAGCAGACAAUUUAAUCCAAAGAGACUAAAAAUGCCAAAGCAUAAAUAUUUAUAUACCAUGGCAGGAAACUAGAUUAUGAAAUGAGCUAAAUCAGAGGAGAAAUGCUAUGGAAGCCUGUUUCUGUCAAAGAAUAUAAAAGUAAAUAUAUAAAAACGGUAAUUGCGACUGUUUGUCUCACAAUUUAGAAUUGCGAGACAAACUUAGAAUUCACAUUUUUCCCCCCAAAAUUCAGAGUUUGCAGCUCGCACUUCUGUUUUUUGUUUCCACCAAGGACUUUUUUAUGUCACAAUUCUAAAUUUUCAACUUUCAAAUUGCAAGUUUAUAUC